AUGUUUACUACCGAUCCAACAAUCGCAUUCUUCCAUGAGCCAACUCCGGUGUUUGGUCAUGCCGAAACAACAUACGAAGCUGAACAUGCAAGCACGCUCCCAGAAGAAAACUGGACCCUGAUAGAACGCGACUCUGCCACGGGCUCAUCGUUGAGCACCUUGUCGGAUGUUAGCGACGAUAGGCCUGAACGUGAUAACUGGUCGGCGAAUCAAGGUACCCCCAGCCAAGGAAAUCGAGCACCUUCUAGUACACAAGGAUCGGUCGCACGUAUCGAUCGGAAGCGCCGUCGCAGCAGCUCCUCAACGUCGAUCUCAAACGGUGCGCCCCCUUACCCAGUGAUAUCGUAUGCCAGCGACCUUCUUUCAGCGAGCAACAAUGCGUACCUGACUGAGAGUUUGCUGAGAAUAUACCACGACAGUUUCGAGAACGCGCUUGCCUGUUGGGUGACGGAGAGAACGUGCCCAUAUAGUGCAAAGUCCGAUACUCAGCUGGCUACCAACGCCAGGCCUGACUGGAAUCGUAUCUAUCACCGCGUCGUUCGGCUAGACAGGCUUGCAUCGGCAAUUAGGGGGCGUAAGCUCACUCCCACUGAGAACCAAACAGCAUCUAGAGCCUUGGACCUAGCCGUGUUCUCCUUCGCUUCACAGUGGGCCCAAUCCAGCCCGAGAAGUAGGACGAGGUACCCUUUCCAUAGCACUUCAGCCGAUCGCGGUGCUAGUGUUUUUGAUGCUCAAGACGAAGACUGUGCGCCGGCUGGUGUUGGCUUCGAUCGUACGCUUCAGAUUUCGGCAUGGCACGAGGCGCGCAACGCACUACAGAAGGCUGGUGAAGUAGAGUCGUUUCGGGUGGUACUGGCACAAAUCAUAUUCGCAUUGACGCAGAGACCGGUUGACCUGUCUGAUGGGCCUCAGGAUGUUGCCGACUUGACGUCGACAAGUGCAGUGGUUGACCCCGACGAAAGCAUCGGCUUUGAGACCCCCAACGACCCGCUCACCAAUGCACCUGACCAGGACAUGGACGAAUGCACCGACUUGAUGUCGCGAUUGAAUCUCGCAAUUGAAGCAGAUGGCCCGCCUGUACAUCUCGAAUCGGGGCUUCGACUCAUUCACUCGCUACGAUCCCGCAUGGCCAUCUCAGGAGGAACGCGACGCAGCAAGCCUGGCUUGGUGCAUUCUACACAGCAACGUCGUUCGUCGGCUUUACGUCUUGAAGACGCGGAUCGCGCAACGGUAGACUUGUUGUUCUGGCUUGGCGUCAUGUUUGACACGCUGUCUGCAGCAAUGCACAAGCGACCACUAGUGGUGUCUGAUGAGGAUAGUGACCUUGUACUCAACGAAAGUAUGCAGAUGGAAGCUACGAACGAUCUGGCAACGACGCCCGCUUCGACAGAUGACGGGCUCUGGGAUGAUUACCUGUUUGCUCGCCAACAGCAACAGCUGGACAAUGCACCGACCAGAUGGCCAUGCUCAUUCGACCAGGCUGCAACACUGCUCUGUGACGCAGCUCCAGUUAAAGUUUUGCUAUUCCGAAAAGUCUGCCGCAUUCAAACGCUCUUGACACGGAACACGCGAGGUACAAAGGUGGAGGAGUCCGUAAGUGCAGCCUUGGAUGUGUACAACCAUUGGAACACACUGUACGCGCCCUUUAUCCGUGAUUGCAUUAAAAACCACGAUCGACUGCCCCCACGGGUCCAAUCGUGGUAUGUUUGCGUUACUGGCCAUUGGCACCUCGCAACUCUCCUCCUAGCGGACUUAAUGGAGGUUGUAGAUGAGUCCGAACUUGGAAUUGAGGAAGCGACAGAGCAGCGGAAUUCAAGCGGCUUCAUUGCGAAGUUUCGGGAGGCAAAUUGUCAACUGCUAUCUGACCUUGCCAGUUGCGCAUGCCCUCGAUCAGAUGCUUCGUUUCCGCAGUCUCCAGAGUUCCAUUUUGCAGUCAACGAAGGUGCGAUUUUGACAGAGCCAUGGACUGCAGUUUUGAUUCGUGCCUUUGCCAAGGCAGGGGUACUUCUUUUGGAGUCAGACACGUUAUUACCGUCUAACCUGGACCAGGAGGACGUGUUUGGUCGAGCCGACAAUUGUAUUAAGGCGUUAUGGUAUCUGGGUAGGAAGUCUGACAUGGCUCUUUCGGCGGCGAAGAUUCUUGGGGACGCAUUAAAGCAGCGGCGCAAAAGCGCACUGGAUAGGGUUACUGAUAUGAGCGCCUUCCUCGAAAAUGAGCUUUGGCACGGCUUGGAUGGUUUGAAUGGUUUGGACGGGGCAUUUGAGGUGGAUUGUGAACUAUAGCGAGUCAAGAUGGAUUUUUCGCUCCCGACUCAAAUGAUGCACAAUGAAGCGCGUAUUUUACAGU